GGACAGCAGGCAUGCCGCUCUGAUUUUUUCCUGUUGCCUGGCUAGUGACCCCCUACAGGAAGAUAACGGAUAAGCCAGGAGGGCGGAGCAGCCUGCUACACAUGUCUGGCUGCUCUUAUCAACUUAUCAUAUAAGGAACGGAAAGUGAUUGAUUCGGAUACCCACACCAUAGAAUCUGGGCAGAGAAACAAAGAAACGUGAAAGCUGCUCGGUCAAGCUGAUGCAGCCCUCCCAAGUGAGCAGGACUGCUCUUCCCACGGCAGUCUGACAGUUUACUGCAUGUCCGGAGAGAAGCAGCACUAAAAACCAAGUUUGCUGCUGCAAGAGGAGGAACGAGGGGGCUUUCAUUGACAGACCCGGCCGUGGCAGCAUCGCCCCGCAUUUAGACGGCAGCUCAGGACCCCGGACUCGGACUCGCGUGUGUCUUGAAGUCUGCCCAGCUGGUGGCUUAUUAGCCGGAGAAAGAAAGCAUGUGGCGGAUUGUUUUCUUUACUCUGAGCUGUGAUCUUGUCUUGGCCACAGCCUACAACAACUUUCGGAAGAGUAUGGACAGCAUAGGAAAGAGGCAGUAUCAGGUCCAGCACGGGUCCUGCAGCUACACGUUCCUCCUGCCAGAGAUGGACAACUGCCGCUCUUCUUCCAGCCCCUACGUGUCCAAUGCCGUGCAGAGGGACGCGCCCCUCGACUACGACGACUCGGUGCAGAGGCUGCAAGCACUGGAGAAUAUCAUGGAGAACAACACUCAGUGGCUGAUGAAGCUUGAGAAUUAUAUACAAGACAACAUGAAAAAAGAAAUGGUAGAGAUACAACAGAAUGCAGUACAGAAUCAGACUGCUGUGAUGAUAGAGAUAGGCACAAGCCUGCUGAAUCAAACGGCAGAGCAAACACGGAAGCUAACUGACGUGGAAGCCCAAGUAUUAAAUAAGACAACAAGACUCGAGCUUCAGCUUCUGGAACAUUCCCUUUCUACAAACAAAUUGGAAAAACAGAUUUUGGAUCAAACCAGUGAAAUAAAUAAAUUGCAAGAUAAGAACAGUUUCCUAGAAAAGAAAGUGCUAGAUAUGGAAGACAAGCACACAGUUCAACUACUAUCGAUAAAAGAGGAGAAAGAUCAGCUACAGGUGUUAGUAUCCAAGCAACAUUCCAUCAUUGAAGAACUAGAAAAGCAAUUAGUGACUGCCACGGUGAAUAAUUCGGUUCUUCAAAAGCAGCAAAAUGAUCUGAUGGAGACAGUUCAUAAUUUAUUGACUAUGAUGUCAACAAAUUCAGCUAAGAACUCUUUUCCUGCUAAAGAAGAACAAAUCAUUUUCAGAGACUGUGCUGAAGUCUUCAAGGCAGGACAUACCACUAGCGGCAUCUACACGUUAACAUUUCCUAAUUCUACAGAAGAGAUAAAGGCUUACUGUGACCUGGAAACUGGUGGAGGCGGGUGGACAAUUAUUCAGCGACGGGAAGAUGGCAGUGUUGACUUUCAGAGGACUUGGAAAGAAUAUAAAGUGGGAUUUGGUAACCCUUCAGGAGAAUACUGGUUGGGAAAUGAGUUUGUUGCACAACUGACUAAUCAGCAGCGCUACAUGCUUAAGAUACACCUUAAAGACUGGGAAGGGAAUGAAGCCUACUCACUAUAUGAGCAUUUCUAUCUCUCAAGCGAAGAGCUCAAUUAUAGGAUUCACCUUAAAGGACUGACAGGGACAGCCGGCAAAAUAAGCAGCAUAAGCCAACCAGGAAAUGAUUUUAGCACAAAGGACGCAGACAACGACAAAUGUAUCUGCAAGUGCUCACAAAUGCUAACAGGAGGCUGGUGGUUUGAUGCAUGUGGUCCUUCCAACUUGAACGGAAUGUACUAUCCACAAAGGCAGAACACAAAUAAGUUCAACGGCAUUAAGUGGUACUACUGGAAAGGGUCGGGCUACUCGCUCAAGGCCACUACCAUGAUGAUCCGACCAGCAAGUUUCUAAAUGCCUGGGUAUACCGGAUGAAGAAUGUAUUGUGCUAUUUCAAAGACUUCAGCCCAAAGCACUGAAGGACACACUUGAGCAUGGUGUCCUCUUCCACCUCAGAGGGUAUGCUCUCAGGGGUUGGCAGGACUCACAGACUCCAAAUUAGGGCCCAUAAGCUUCAUCACUUAAACCUGUGUCACUUAACGGACCAAAGAAAACCCUCAACAUCUGGUAUAGUGAUGUGGUAGAACACCUACAUGAAGAUGAAUUCAAGGUUGAGAAUCAGACUGACGAUUUACAGACUCUGCUGUCACAACCAAGAAUGUUAUGUGUGAGUUUAUCAGUAAAUAACUGGAAAACAGAACACUUAUGUUAUACAGUACAGAUCAUCUGGGAACUGCAUUCUUCUGAGCACUGUUUAUAGACUGUGUAAAUAUCCAUAUGUCCUGAAUUCAGCAUCACUAUCACCAAUUAAAAGGAGGAAAAAAUUCUCUAAGCCAUAAAAUAUAUCUUCAGGGAUUUUCUGAGAAGUGUGUUAUUAACAGCUUAAUAUUUGAAAAAAGUUAGUGCAUUUUUAUCCCACCUCCUAGGUGCUUUAAAUUUUUAUUUUGAAAACAGCAUAUUUACACAUAUGUUGACAGCUUAGUUUUAAGUUAAUGCUCAAAUACAUAUUUCAAGUUUAUAUGGUGGAAACUUCCAAGAUCUCUGAAAUUACCAAAAGAAAUGUGUGCCAUUUUAGUUUAUAGGAAGAUUGUCUUUUUUUUUUCUGCCUGGCUGUUAAAUAUGGAGGUGUUUUUAGUAAUUAAAUAUAACUUAUUAGG